AUGGAUGCCCCAAUAACAGACGAUUUUCCUCAGACCCUGCCCAUCGAGCAACUCUGCUCCAUUCACGUCAGCAAUGAGUAUGUGGAGCGACCUGCCAUCUCCUGCCAUCAGACCCUCUCCAGCUCUUCCCUCGCCCAGCAGGCUCACAAGUCCGAUUGGUCCCUGUCUACCAUACCUUCGGAUUUGCCCCGAAGCCUCAGCCAGUGCCACCAGCUCCAGCUGUUGCCGCAGCAUCUGAGCCAACCCAGCCUUGCCAGUUCCAUCUCCCACACCACCAUCACCUCCGACCAAAGGCUUCUGACCAGCAUCACUCCAUCGCCCUCAGAUCACUCCCUCAUCUGUACCCAGCCUCAAGCAGGAGCUUUGAAGGUGGAGGAGUCUCAGAAAGGUGCGGCAGAGAAGCUGUCCCUCCACACCGGUGGGCACCUCUUCAUCUGCGAAGAGUGUGGUCGUUGUAAGUGCAUCCGCUGCACGGCCACACGCACCCUGCCCUCCUGCUGGCUCUGCAAGCAGCGUUGCCUCUGCUCUCCCGAGAGCCUCCUUGACUACAGCACAUGCCUCUGCUGUGUGAAGGGCAUCUUCUACCAUUGUUCCACUGAUGAUGAAGACAACUGUGCUGACGAGCCCUGCUCCUGUGGGCCUGGUUCCUGCUGUGCUCGCUGGGCGGCCAUGAGUCUCCUGUCGCUGUUCAUGCCUUGCCUGUGCUUGUAUCCUCCAGCCCGAGGAUGCCUCAAGUUGUGCCAGCAAGGCUACGAUGGCCUCCGGAGGCCAGGCUGCCGAUGCAAGAGUCACACCAACACCGUCUGCAGGAAGAUCUCCUCUUCCAGUGGGGCUGCCUUCCCCAGGUCCAUGGAGAAGCCCGUGUGA